CGGAUUUACCCCCCCUCGCUUUCUCGGAACGUGACUGAGCUGCCGCAGCCGGCGCCCGGCUGUGUUCUGCUGAGGGGGCUGGGGGCGGGAAAUGACGGUGAUUUCCUCGCUGCUCAGCUCCCGGCGAGCACCGACUCCCUUCUUUCUCCUCGCGGCCCCGGGGCUGCAGACGAGGCAGGCUGCCUUUCCCACUGACUGGGCUGCCUUCCCAGGCGUCAGGUGGCAGCCGCGCUCCCGCGAUCCAUUUCUUUAGGGGCGCUCGGAGGAUCAGUCUGCGCCUGCUGUGGACAAGGGAAGAAGGCAGUGCUCAGCGCUCCCCCUACGAGUCCCUGGGGGACGCAGGGUCCCCUGCACAUAGCCGGGAGUGGAUGUUGACCUAGAAGGAGAUCCAGUUGGAGUUGAAAAGGGAGGAAAUGGAUUCUUUUUCCAACUCACCUGCAGAGAAUUCAGCCAAUACAUUCAAUAUGUCUGAGACUUUGUCCACAACAGUAACACAUGGAUUUAAUUCCACUAAAGACUCACCUUCAAUGUCAAUAACAAGGCUUUUUCCAGCCUUAUUAGAAUGCUUUGGCAUAGUUCUUUGUGGCUACGUAGCAGGAAGGGCCAAUGUCAUAACAUCGACACAGGCCAAAGGACUGGGAAAUUUUGUCUCCAGAUUUGCACUUCCAGCUCUGUUAUUCAAAAACAUGGUGGUACUUAAUUUCUCCAAUGUGGACUGGGCUUUCCUAUACAGCAUCUUAAUUGGCAAAGCUUCUGUAUUUUGCAUUGUCUGUGUACUAACCUUAUUGGUCGCCAGUCCUGAUAGUCGAUUUAGCAAAGCUGGACUGUUCCCUAUUUUUGCUACUCAAAGUAAUGACUUUGCAUUGGGAUACCCUAUAGUUGAAGCUUUAUAUCAAACUACAUACCCAGAAUAUCUUCAGUACAUAUAUUUGGUGGCACCAAUAUCUCUUAUGAUGUUAAACCCUAUAGGGUUUAUCUUCUGUGAAAUCCAGAAGUGGAAAGACACCCAAAAUGCUUCGCAAAACAAAAUAAAAAUUGUGGGACUUGGAUUUCUGCGUGUGUUACAGAACCCAAUAGUAUUUAUGGUCUUCAUUGGUAUUGCCUUUAAUUUUAUCCUUGAUAAAAAGGUGCCUGUAUAUAUGGAAAAUUUUCUCGAUGGACUUGGAAAUUCUUUUUCUGGAUCCGCCCUGUUUUAUCUUGGCCUUACAAUGGUAGGAAAAAUAAAGAGACUGAAGAAGUCAGCGUUUGUUGUACUGAUUCUUCUCAUCACAGCUAAACUCCUGGUGCUGCCGCUUCUGUGCAGAGAAAUGGUGGAACUCUUGGACAAGGGUGACAGUGUAGUGAACCAUACAAGUUUAUCAAACUAUGCAUUUUUAUAUGGCGUCUUUCCUGUAGCACCAGGCGUGGCUAUCUUUGCAACACAGUUCAACAUGGAAGUAGAGAUUAUAACUUCAGGGAUGGUAAUAAGCACAUUUGUGUCUGCUCCAAUCAUGUAUGUUUCUGCGUGGUUACUGACCUUUCCCAGUAUGGACCCUAAGCCAUUGGCAUAUGCCAUCCAGAAUGUUAGUUUUGAUAUAAGUAUUAUAAGCCUGGUCUCCUUGAUCUGGUCUCUGGCUAUUCUUCUCUUGAGUAAGAAAUAUAAACAGCUUCCUCAUAUGCUUACGACUAAUUUACUUAUUGCCCAGUCUAUUGUCUGUGCUGGAAUGAUGAUAUGGAACUUUGUCAAAGAAAAAAAUUUUGUUGGGCAAAUUUUGGUGUUUGUUCUAUUGUACAGCUCCCUGUACAGCACCUACCUGUGGACAGGCCUUCUAGCAAUUUCUUUGUUCCUUUUGAAAAAGCGAGAGAGUGUACAAAUUCCUGUUGGAAUCAUCAUAAUAUCUGGCUGGGGAAUUCCUGCUCUCCUUGUUGGUAUUCUUCUGAUAACUGGGAAACACAAUGGAGAUAGCAUUGACUCAGCCUUCUUUUAUGGAAAAGAGCAGAUGAUCACCACAGCAGUCACCCUGUUCUGCAGCAUUCUGAUAGCUGGAGUAUCGCUCAUGUGCAUGAACCGUACCAGCCAUGCAGGCCGCUACGAAGGCUUCGGCCACUCUCAGAGUCACAAAGCAAUGGAGCCUGGAAACACUGCUUUUGAGGAGAGUCCAGCACCAACAAAUGAACCAGAACUUUUUACAAAUCCUAUCCCAGAAACAAGUUGCUGCUCUUGCUCCAUGGGAAAUGGUGAAUUACAGUGCCCAUCAGCAGAGCCAGUGGCAAACACAAGCUCCAGCAGGCCUGUGACUCCUUCCUUUGAGAAAAAUGAUCACUGUGUGAGUCGCUGUAACUCCCAGAGCUGCAUAUUAGUCCAGGAAGAAGAACAGUAUCUGCAGACUGGAGACCCGCAACUGACUCGACAUGUCUUGCUGUGUUUACUUCUAAUUAUUGGCCUGUUUGCUAAUCUUUCCAGUUGUUUAUGGUGGCUGUUCAACCAAGAACCUGGAAGACUCUAUGUUGAGUUACAGUUUUUCUGUGCAGUGUUUAACUUUGGCCAGGGAUUUAUUUCCUUUGGAAUCUUUGGCUUGGACAAACAUUUAAUCAUCUUACCUUUCAAACGAAGACUUGAACUCCUAUGGAACAAUAAAGAAACAGGAGACAACAGAGAUUCUCCUGUUUCUGAGGAAAUAAAAAUGACUUGUCAACAGUUUAUCCAUUAUCACCGUGACCUCUGCAUCCGAAACAUUGUGAAGGAGAGGAGGUGUGGUGCGAAGACUUCUGCUGGGACCUUCUGCGGCUGUGACCUGGUGAACUGGCUAAUCGAAGUCGGCCUUGCCUCAGACCGUGGUGAAGCUGUGAUAUAUGGAGACAGACUGGUGCAAGGAGGAGUCAUCCAACAUAUUACCAAUGAAUAUGAAUUUCGGGAUGAGUACUUGUUUUACAGAUUCCUUCAGAAGAGUCCUGAACGGUGUCCUCCAGCUGUUAACAUGAGCAACCCCAAUCAGGAAAGCUAUAAAGAAAUUGAGCAUCCAUCCCCAUCUUCACUGUCCCCUAAGACCUAAGACACAAGGGAGAGAACCCUGUAUAGAGUCACAUUCUAGCCCCAAAUCGAUUACUUUUUAGUUGUAUGACCUUGGGCAAGUUACAGCCUCUCAGCCUCCAUUUCCUCUUCUGUACAGUCGGACAACAUGCUUUCCUAACCCCAUGCUAACAUUCCAUAAUUCUAUGUGUGUGUAAAACACAUCAGAAAAAGCCAGGCCUGGUUACCCGCCUGUAAUCCCAGCACUCAGGAAGCUGAGACAGGAGGAUUGCCUUGAGUUCAAGGCCAGCCUGAACUACACAG